AUGGAUUCGAGGUCAAAGCUUGUUCAAGCCUUUAAUGAUUAUGGUGGCAGAGUUUCAAGCGAACAGCUCCUGAAAUUUAUAAAAGAGGAUAGUGAGUUGAGUCAAGAACCGAGAAGUUGUAUAAAGAGAAUAGUUGGUUCGAUCGCUGUGAUUGAAUAUGGCUCGGAUCGGAAAAGAUAUCUAGUUUUGAAAGACUUAGUUCGUGAUAAGGAGAAUCUUGUCUGCAACACUGUAUGUCAGUCGACUCAGACGUCGACGUCGCAGGUUGUGGGAAGGCCAAUGUGUAAGGUUUCCAGUGAAAUUAGUCGACCACAAGAGCGACCAGUGUUACAAAGACCAACCAGCAGUGUUUCACUGUCUACUAAAGCUUCUCACAUGUAUUCAACAUACACGGGUAGUGAAACUCGUCUUUGGUGGUUAGCAGCUGUUGAUUGUCGAUUGGGAGAUAUGAAACGUCUGCUAGGUUUAAAUCCAAAACUAGCGAAUUGGAGUGGACGUACGCCAUUGCACAUUGCAGCUGUUCAUUCACAGCGAGCUAUUAUCAGGGUUUUAAUAGAAGAUUAUAGAGCUGAUAGAAGUAUAAUGGAUUAUUCUGGCUAUUACCCAUAUAUGCUGCUGUCGGAUGACUUGAAGAGUGAAUUUGAGCCUAUUUUAACUUAUGGUCAAUUACAACGCAUCCGAUCAGCAUUGAAUAUAUUGAAGCGGAAACCUGUGGCUGGAGAUUGCGCGAGUAUUCCUACAAAUAGUUGCAACAAGAAAAAUGAUUCUGCUGAGCAGUCGUCUGUUGAGUUCAAAUGUCCAACUCGUCCACCCAUUAGGUCUAGACGCAUAGAGAGCUUUAAAGGAGAUAUUUCCUCAUUCUCGCCUACACACAGCAGUUUAAAUCGAACUUCAACACUGAAACCAUUAAAUCAAAAUGGGGCUGUGACGGUUCGUCGACGUCCUUCAGUUUUCGUAGAUAUCCUAAAAUCAGCUGUUGAUGCUGCACAGAAUUGGAGUCCAUCAUGCAGUCCUACGAAGAGUGUGUCAGAGAGGGAAAGUGACGGACAGGAACAGCACAAGGAUAGCCCAAAUGAAAGUGCUCCCAACAGUAGUUCUUCGUCCAACGACGCACACGCUCGUCUAGUUCAACGCUUAGAUUCUAUGAUUUCAUUGAGAUACGAACGUCAAAAACUGCCCAGUUGGAGACUGAAUGAUAGCAGUGCAAGUUGUGAUGUAGGAUCAUUGGAUUCUUCUGGUUCAUCUGAGUGUGAUUUGUCAGUGAUGAAUUUUCCUUCCCGAAAAUCGUAUACAAUUGACUAUCGGUCGUCCACCCCUAAUUCGAAAAGUUCAAAUCAGUCAUCAGAUCGUAGACUACAAUUACUUCUGUCGUUACUACCUGCACCACCACCACCACCUGCAACGACAUCAUCUUUGUUGAAGAAGGAAGGCGAAGAAGGAAAGUCGAGGAAAUACAGCAUAUCAUCGUUUAGCAAACGUUUAAGUAGAAAUCUUCGUCGUUCUCUGUCGAAUUCCUCUGAUAUAUAUCCAACAUCACCUAGUCAUCAGCGUGAAUUUCAUUCUUUGCCACAUGGAUAUCAUUCUUCCUCACCGACUGUCUGUACAAGUCGUAAGUCACUUUCAGCUACGGCAUCAUUGGCUGAAGCAGAUGUUCGUCAAUUGCUGAGUUCUAAAUUUUACUCACUAGUUAAACGUAAAGCGUCAAGUAUUAGUCAACUGUCAAUUGGUUAAGUGAACUACAAUCUGAAGUAGAUGUAUCCAUCUUUUCUUGGUGCAUCAACUCUCUUUUCUCUGUCUUUCUUUGUGAACCUUUUGCUGCGCUUUUUUGUUUUAUUCUCUUAAUUAACAAUUUUCAAUGUUGCCUAAUGACAACCAGUGAUUCUGUGUGAUUAU